UCCAACCUGAACCCAGUAACCCACAUCCUGAGCAUUUGAGAUUCCUCCUGAUGUGGCUAUUGUGAUUGCUUAAGUUAGUCGUGCCCAAUACUUAAUUAUGCAGAAGCAACCAGAAGACACCAACACCAUAUUGCGCUAAUUACUAGACUCCGAUCAAAGAAACGCGAACGAAACGAAAGGACCACAUCCACCCCCCGGACCACUCAGAUGCCACUACACCGCACCUAUACUUCAGUUCUGGAACUCUUCAAUGGAUACGCAAGCAGACCUCCACAUAUAGGAAUAUACCGCGAACCAUAUUAAUAAAAAAAAUCCAUACACACGCGAACCAGAUGGCGGAAAAUCUUUCUCUAAGUACCCUACCUCCAUUGCUUAGACCAGGAAAAUGAUAAAAAUUCUGCACAGCAGAACUAUGGUAAACAUAUAUGAAUCUUUUCCAUCUUAGGACCUCGCUCCAUGCAACAAAAGCUGCCGGACAUUCGGAAAAAAAUGUGUUCGACAUUUUCCUCACUCCUACAUGAACCAUGACGUAAUGAGUGACUAACGUUGGUAUAUAAAUGUGCCACCUUUCGGUUUUCCCUCUCUUGUUUCUCAAUUGCUUCCAUUUUUCCGUCAAAACGAUGAACACAUCUCUACUCGAUCCGUUGUAUGGAGGUUUCCCUGAAGUGAUAGAAGAGUAUCUGGAGCUGGAACAUGGGAUUAUGAAAUGCAUUGCUUUCAACCGUCGUGGUACUCUUCUUGCUGCUGGCUGCAAUGAUGGAAGUUGUGUUAUCUGGGAUUUUCUAACCAGGGGCGUUGCUAAAGAGCUUCGAGAUAAUGAAUGUUCUUCUCCUAUAACCAGUAUUUGUUGGUCAAACUGUGGGAAUCAAAUUCUUAUAUCUGCUGUUGACAAGUCAUUAUCCCUGUGGGAUGUUUUGAGUGGUAAGAGGAUAAGAAGAAUAGUUUUGCAGCAAACUCCUUUACAUGCUCGUCUUCAUCCCGCAGGGUCCUCCAAAUCAUCUCUCUGCUUGGCAUGUCCUCUCUCAAGUACUCCGAUGAUUGUUGACUUAGACACCGGAGGUACAACUUUUCUAAAAGUUUCAGUCUCCGAGAAACCAAGUGGACCAAACCCUGGCUCACGCAAUAAGUGUUCUGAUGGAAGUACCUCCUUCACACCUACCGCAGCAUGUUUUAGUAGGUAUGGAAACCUGGUUUAUGUAGGAAAUUCAAAAGGGCAAAUUCUUGUAAUUGACAGUAUAGACGGUGAGGUGCGUGGCAUGGUUCCCAUCUCGGGUGGUUCAGUAGUGAAAAGCAUUGUAUUCAGCAGGAACGGACAGUAUCUUCUGACGAAUUCAAAUGAUAGAGUAAUCAGGAUUUAUGAAAAUCUUCUUCCCCCGAAAGAUGAAAUUAGAGCACUAGAUGGACUGAGUGAGAAUCUCAGUGAUCUAAAUGGUGUUGAGAAGUUGAAGGCCAUAGGAUCAAAAUGUUUAACUUUAUUCCGAGAGUUUCAAGAUGCAAUAACAAAGGUGCAUUGGAAAGCACCCUGUUUCAGUAGUGAGGGUGAGUGGGUUAUUGGUGGUUCUGCUAGCAAAGGAGAGCAUAAAAUUUACAUAUGGGAUAGAGCUGGACAUCUUGUGAAAAUCCUUGAAGGGCCUAAGGAAGCCCUUGUUGAUUUAGCAUGGCAUCCUGUACGUCCUAUUGUUGUAUCAGUUGCUUUGAACGGCAUAGCUUAUAUCUGGGCUAAAGAUUACACCGAGAGCUGGAGUGCUUUUGCUCCUGAUUUCAAAGAGCUUGAGGAAAAUGAGGAGUACGUGGAACGUGAAGACGAAUUUGAUUUGAAUCCUGAAACUGAGAAGGUAAAAGGAUCUGAUGUCGAUGAAGAUGAGGAAGUUGACAUUAUGACAGUGGAGAAGGAUCUUGCUUUCAGCGACUCUGAUAUAUCCGAAGAAGAAUUAUGGUUCUUGCCAGUAUCUCCCAUUCCCGAUGUUCCUGAACAACAAGAUAAAUUCUUAGAAAGUUCUUCAAAGCUGGUGGACAGCAAUAACUCUGAAUCCACAUUUUCAGAAGAGGCUGUUACAAAUAGACAUAUGACGAAUCAUGCCUCAAGUCCCGUGGAAGAUGAUGCUGUAGGAACAAGAACUAAAAGAAAUCGAAAACCAUCAGAGAAGGUGCUGGAGUUGCAGGCAGAAAAAGUAAACAAACACUCAAAGUCUAGCAAAUCAUCAAGAAACAAAACAAAAUCUUUGGUUGAUGAGAAUGCUGGUAAUGGUUUUUAUUAUGAUGAGCUUUCUGAUGAAUAACAUCAGAUUCUAAAUUCUUUUAUUUAAGAGUACAUUUCAUUUCUCAUAUAUCUUUCUCUUUUUAGUUUUGAUAAUUUUUGCCAUUGCAUUAUAUGGUGGGUGAUUUGUCAGAAUUAAAGUGAGUUAAAUGUAAAUUAAUUUAUAUUUUGAUAGAUUAUAGUAAAAUUGAUUCUUAUUGAUUUAUAU